CCAGAUUCCUUCCCCGCUUUGCCGCUAUCACAGCCGCCAAACACCUCACCAUGGCGGAGAAACUCGAGGAGAAGACAGGGGGGGUUUCUCAAGUGCCACCCAGCAUUCUAGAGGGCCAGACUGCUACUGAGAAGCAGAUGCGGGACAUUGGAGCCGAUCUGUAUCUCGAAGUUCAGCAGUAUUCGCGAGAGGAACUAGAAGCGGAGAGGAAGGUGGUUCUGAGGAAGAUUGAUUGGGUUAUUAUGCCUAUCAUCUGCGUAACAUAUACAAUCCAAUUCCUUGACAAACUGUCUCUGAACUACGCUUCCGCGUACUCCCUGCUCGAAGACCUGGACCUUGUAGGCCAACGAUACUCUUGGGUAGCCUCGAUUUUCAAUUUCGGCUACCUCUUCUGGGCCAUUCCCGCAAAUCUUCUCGUUCAACGUCUACCCGUCGCCAAAUACACGGGUAGCAUGAUCCUCAUAUGGUCCGUUCUCCUCUGCUGCCACGCUGCGACUUCGAACUACGCCGGCAUCCUCGUUCUGCGAUUUCUGCUAGGAAUGUUUGAGGCCUCCAUCUCUCCUGCUAUCAUGAACAUCUGUAGCAUGUUCUACACGCGUUCUGAGCAGCCUCUCCGGAUGUGCGUCUUCCUCGCAUUCAACGGAAUGGCCACGAUGGUCGGAGCCUUACUUGGAUACGGGCUAGGCCACACCCACUCCUCCACCAUCAGCAGCUGGAAACUGAUCUUCCUCGUGAUCGGUCUCAUGAAUUUCGUCUGGUCAUGGGUCUUUCUCUGGUUUAUGCCCGACUCCCCCUCAACCGCUAAAUUCCUCACGCACAAACAGCGCGUCAUAGCCAUCGACCGCAUCGCCGAGAACAUGAUCGGCGUGAAAACAAAGCAAUUCCAACCCAAGCAAGUCGUCGAAGCCCUCCUCGACAUCAAAGUCCACUGCCUCAUGCUCAUCGGCCUCGCGUGCGGCGUCAUCAACGGCGGCGUCUCCAACUUCAGCUCGGCCUUGAUUAAGGGUUUCGGGUUCUCGGGGAUCUACGCCACGCUGUUGCAGCUGCCCACCGGCGCCUUCGAGUUCUUCUUCGUGCCGCUGUGCGGUCUCGCGGCUAGCUAUUUCAAGAACACGAGAUGCAUCAUCCUCGCUAUCAUCUGUCUCCCGCCGCUUGGAGGGCUGAUCGGGAUAAGGCUCACGUCGCUGGACCAUAGGUGGUCGCUCGUCGGUUGCACCUGGCUCCAGUAUAUGGUCGGCGCCCCCGUCAUCCUCUCCUGGAACCUGCUCACCUCUAAUAUCGCGGGCCACACGAAACGCUCCAUCGCCAAUGGGCUGUGGUUCUGCUUCUACGCCGGCGGCAACAUCGCUGGCGCGCAGAUCUUCUUUGCCCGCGAGAAGCCGCGUUACUUUUCCGCGCUGACUGGCCUCAUUGUGAGUUAUUGUGGGAUGGUUGUGAUAGCGGUGUUUUUGCGGUUCUAUAUGAUGUGGGAGAAUAGGCGGAGGGAUAAGCUCAUGGGACCUGGGGAGCGGACAGCGAAUGGAGCGGAUGAGCAGGCGAUUCUAGAGGGGUUUAAGGAUGUUACGGAUAAGGAGAGUUCGCACUUUAGGUACUGUUUGUGAGGGGGGAAAGGGAAUUAAGGGGUGGGUUGAUCCAGUAAGAUGUCGUAGAAGCAGAUACCACAGAAG